AUGCCAGUCGGGGGACGAUUGAGGCGUUAUGUUGAAGGCUUGCUUCUUUCGAUUCUCGGAUUCGUUGUCGUUUUCUCAUUUCUUUCACCACUUCGCGGCACAUCGUUGUCUGAGACGAGACGCAUGCAAACAGAAUAUAAUAAAGGGAUUGCGGCCGGGAGGAAUCUCGAAUCGGCCUCUGUCGUCGAAGCCCCACCGUGGCCCAAAGUGUUCUGCAUGAUCAAUACGAUACCGAAAAAUCACAACACCCGUGUGGUGGCUGUACAAGAUACUUGGGCAAAUCACUGCGAUCAGCACGUUUUCACUACAACAGCUCCACCACCGCCGACAACUAAGAAGAAGACCCGCGCUGAGAGGAAAGAUCCCAAAGAGAAAGUGCCCCCGUUUUGGGUUUUCGAUUUUAGCUCACCAGCCAACAAGUCGAUCCCAAACGACAGCCGCGAGUGGUUAUGGGAUCGUUUGCGAGCUGCGUUCAAGAAAGUUCACCAGGAGAAAUUGGGUGACUUUGAUUGGUUUUUCAAAGCUGAUGACGACACUUUCGCCAUCAUGGAGAAUAUGAAGGAAUUCUUGGCAAAGUUGGACCCAAAUCAUCCAUAUUUUGUGAUCUCAAGGCAUUGGCUAUUGGAAAAGGGAAGAGAUCCGAAUCAGAUUUACGGUAGCGGUGGUGCCGGCUAUAUUCUUUCAAGAGAGGCUGUGAAGAGAUUCAUCAGCAUCAUGCCAAACGCGACAGAGUGUCGAACGACGAGCUAUAAGCAUGAGGACACUGAGAUCGGCGAAUGCCUUCGAAAUGCGAACGUCACUUUCGUUGACGCGGUCGAUGGGUCGAAUCGGCACAGUAUGCUUCCAAUUGACAUUGCCGAUUUGUUGACCCCAUUUGUGAACGGGCCCAACCUGCAAUGGGCACAAGAGACAUCAAUCAUUCCUCUUGAUAAGGGUGACUCUUGCUGUUCUCCCGGUAUGAUCACGACUCACUACGUGAAACCGCAAGAGAUGUACGCUUAUUAUUUUCUCACCUAUAAAUUAAAAAUCGCAAAGAAUCCGGCGACUGGUCAC